CUGAAAAUGAAAGUGGAAAGCAUGCGUGAAGCGGGAUUUAAAAAUCUUCAAUCGCACAGCGACAAAUCUCUGGAGAUGACCCAUAAGUUGCUGUCAUGAAGAACCUGACACGAGUUUUGCUGGUGGCGGGGGCCCUGGGACUGACCAGUACUGUGUUCGUGUUGUACAGGCUACUGACAAGUUCUGAGGAUGACGAUGAUGAGGAUGAGGACAAGAGACAGAGUGCCACGUCUAAACAGACCGUGAUAGAACUGGAUGUACCGCCGAAAGCCGUGGGGAGCAUCAUAGGGCGACAGGGGGCCAACAUAAAGGAGAUACAGAAGACGACAGGAACACGCAUUAACUUCAAGGACGACAACAAGUCGGACAAGGACAGCCAGCGGACCAUUAUCAUCAGAGGCUCGGCCGAGUCCGCUCAGCGGGCCGAGCUCAUCAUCCGCGAGUUGGUGGCCAACAUGCCCGUGGUUCUCACUGAGGUGAUGUUUGUCCCGUCGAGUGCGCUCGGUAGAAUAAUUGGAAGAAAUGGAGACACAAUAAGGGGCAUUUCAAGGUCAUCUAACGCCAGGGUCUUCAUUGACCGGACGAAAGACGAAUACCGGGACAUCGACAGAGAGAUCCAGAUAACAGGGACUAGAGAACAGAUAGACCUAGCCAAGACUUUGAUUGAGGAAAAACUGCAGGAAGAGAAAGUGUUUAGAGCCAAGAAAUCGGUGAUGGAGGCCAAUCGUGACAAGCGCACCAAGCCUUCAGGAGAUAACAAAAACUUCAAGAGAGAAGAGACACCAUUGGAGAAAACAGAACCAGGGCCUUCACUACACACAGACAAGGUGUGUUCCUGGCCGUCGGGGCGGGAGUUUGUGGAGGUGUACGUCUCCUCGGUGGCUAACCCCCAAACCUUCUUUGUCCAGAUACUGACCUCCAUGUCACUCAGACUGGACGAGAUCGUCAAAAGUAUGUCACAGUACUACGCCACAGAAAGACAGGAAGACAUGGUAGAUACAGUCAACUUUGGAGACUUGGUAGCCGCUCCGUUUGAUCAGGACGCAUCGUGGUACAGGGCCCGUGUGUGUGGUUUUCUAGGAGACGACCCUGACCAGCUUGACCUGUUUUACCUUGACUAUGGAGACAGCUGUUACCUGGACAAGGCCAAAGUCCGAGUGCUACAAUCCCAAUUUUUAAGCCUCCCUUUUCAAGCAGUAGAGUGUGAAUUGGCCAAUAUUUGUCCAAAAGAUGGGGAUUCCUGGGAGGAGUCGGUGGUGGACCGAUUUGAACAGAUGACCUACUCCGCCAUGUGGAAAGUCCUGAUGGCCAAACUCGUGGAGACAAAGACGCUAUCCACGGGGGAGAAGAUCCACCUAGUGGAGCUGGUGGAUACAAACGGAGAGAAGGAUGUGAAUAUUGCCAAACAACUCUGUGAAGAGGACCUUGCCAGAUGGUGCUGAGAGAGAGAGAGAGAGACAGAGAGAGAGAGAGAGAGAGAGAGAGAGAGAGAGUGAGAGAGAGAGAGAGAGUAGGGGAUAAAUGUUGGACACAGAUUGUGGUAAAUUUUACUAGAGAUACUGUUGUAAAUAAUAAGUAGUUCAUAUUUUGUAUUAAAGAAUCUUACUACAUUUUUGAUUUCUUGUUACAGUUGGAUUUUCUCAUUCAUCUGAUGGAUGUGAAUAUGAGUGUUGAUUAGCUUUUUCAGCCCAUCCUAUUACCAAACACCAUUUCAUAUGUUAUAAUGAGUUUUAGAAUUGAGCUAAUUCUAGUUUACGAUGAGAUUUGUUGAAAAGUCAAUUUUAAUUAUAAUACACGCUUCAUAUGAGUUAAUAUAAUUUUUUUUAUCAUCAUGAUGGUAUCAUAUCAAAAUUGUAAGAGAUGAGACAUGCAUUGACCUUUUCUCCUAAUUGAACUCUCUGUGUACUUGUAUCUUAUUUGGAAAAUCAAACUUAAGUCAUUAGGAACACUUAAGAGUAAGAUUGGUUUUUUAAAUUGAAAUUUGAUUUAUUAUUUUUUUUUCAGAGGAAAAAAUUUCAGAAGUUGUACACACAUGUAUUAUUGUAUUAACAUGUAUAUAUUAUUCAUAUUGUCAAGCUAGUAAGGAGGCUGGAUGAUCAACAAACAAACCAUCAGACCUACCUAACAUUUUAAGAUAUCAAGCCCCCUCCUUGAAUUAUAGUUAAAAAUGUUGCCCACGUGUCUGAACCUCUGGUAUUUUUAGCAAUUACUGUUUAUGUUCAUCUUUUACAAUUCAGGGCGUUGUAUGUCAUUGUUUAUCGUACAUUAAAGAAAAUGUUGUUUUGCUUCCAUCGUUUUGUUUAUUUUUACAUUUUUUAAAACAAAAACAAAAAAAGUUACCGACAGAAGUGGAUAUAUUUAGAUGUCAAAUUUUUAUUUAAAUGUUAUGUUUUUUGUUAGUUUUUGUUUCAUGUGGCACAAAUUGCAUUUAAACAUUAUGCUUGUGAGGUUAAGACUAAGAUAAAAGGGAUUAUCUUAAUUACAAAAUAAAUCUAGAAAACUUUUAAAAAAUACAUUAAGAUUCGAUUCCUUGCAAAUCAGAGAAAGUGUUUUAUUUCUAAACUGUAUAUUGUGGAAAAAUCAAAUGAAGAGGGAAAUAGUUUUGUUAUUUGAAGACUAUAAAAAUCUGAUAUUAUAUACAUGUAUAAAGUGCAUGUACAUGUAUAGUUUAGCUAUAGUUAAGAUGUAGAGAAAAUUUUUGAACGAGUUUUAUAGUUACAAAUGAAAACCUGACAAAUGAAAUAUAAACCUAAUAAAGAAAAGAAUGAAAAUAUACUCUAAAUAAUUCCGGUAAGCAACUACAUGUCC